CUUCCGCCGGAGCGCGGGUCCGGCCGCCGCCCGAGCAUGGACGACCCGGACUGCGACUCGACCUGGGAGGAGGACGAGGAGGAGGACGGCGAGGGCCCGAGCGCUGGGGGCGGCGAGGAUGGCGAGGCCGGCGCCCCGGGGGACGCGGACGCGGAGGACGAGGACGAGGACGAGGAGGACGCGCGGGCGGCGCGGCCCGGAACGCUCCAGGCCAGGCUGCUGGGGUCCCGAAACUGGCGAGCCGUGCGGGACACCCGCAGAUACCGGCACCAUUACCCGGAUUUGAUAGAACAAGCUGGCAAUGGUGACAUGCCAAACCUGAGUUUCUACAGAAACGAGAUCCGCUUCCUGCCCAAUGGCUGUUUCAUUGAAGACAUUCUUCAGAACUGGAGGGAGGACUAUGACCUCCUGGAAGAGAAUCACUCCUACAUCCAGUGGCUCUUCCCGCUGCGCGAACCUGGAGUGAACUGGCACGCCAAGCCCCUCACGCUCCAGGAGGUUGAGGCAUUUAAAAGCUCCGAGGAAGUCAGGGAGCGGUUUGUCCAGGCCUACGAGCUCAUGCUGGGGUUCUACGGGAUCCAGCUGGAGGACCGAGACACUGGGCAGGUGCGCCGAGCACACAACUACCAGAAGCGCUUCCAGAACCUCAACUGGCACAGUCACAACAACCUCCGCCUCACGCGCAUCCUCAAGUCCCUGGGCGAGCUGGGCCUGGAGCGCUACCAGGCGCCGCUGGCGCGCUUCUUCCUGGAGGAGACGCUGGUGCGCCGGGAGCUGCCGGCCGUGCGGCAGAGCGCGCUGGACUACUUCGUGUUCACCGUGCGCUGCCCGCGCCAGCGCCGCCAGCUGCUGCGCUUCGCCUGGGAGCACUUCCGGCCGCGGCGCAAGUUCGUCUGGGGGCCCCACGACAAGCUGCGCCGCCUGCGCCCGCCCCUGCCCGCCGGCGCCGGGCCGGCCGACGGCGAGGGGAGCCCCGGGGACCCCCUCCGCCAGGCCGGCGCCUCGGGACAGACCUGCGGGCCGGGGCGGGCGGACGGCGGGGACGGCGGGGCUGCGGGCCCCCCGCCGCCGCAGGGCGCUCUGGCGGGGGACCAGGAGGGGGAGGCGGGGGCCCGCGGAGAGGAGGGCCCGGAGCCCCCGAGCCCCAAGGAGAGCAAGAAGAGGAAGUUGGAGGCCAACCGGCGGGAGCAGGCCCCAGGGGAGCCGGGCGCCCAGAGCGCCUCGGACGUGGAGAAGAUUGCUCUGAACCUGGAGGGCUGCGCCCUCAGCCACGGCAGCCUCGGCCGGGGGUCCCAGGAAUUGGGCAUCCAGGCCCCGGGGGAGGCCGAGCAGCCCUGCCCCCAGCCCCCAGGGGCCAAGGUGGCCGAAGAGGUGAGGAAGAGAAGGAAGGUGGACCAGGGCCCCUGGGACGGUGCCUCGGUGGGUGGCACUGGUGGAGACGGUGGGACCGAGAAGCCAGCCCCCGCCCGGCACCCUGCCGCGCCGGGCUGCCCUGAGGCCAGAGAGGGUGAGAAUGGGGUGGAGGAGGCAGAAGGCUGGGCAGGGCUGGAGCAGGCUGCCCCCGGGGGCUCAGCCGCGGCAGCACCACCGGUGGAUAAGGAAGCUGAGGUAGGGCCUUAGGCUAAACCCAGAGAGCCUUCAGGGAAGCCACAGGUCUGGGGAGCCCCGUUGCCGGCUGUUGUCAGCUCCGUGCGGUACUGGCCCCUCCCUGAGGGCCCCUCCCUGGUGGCCGCCGCAGCUGCCGGAAGCCAGGAACUUCGGAAUCCUUACCUCGAACUCACGCCCCACCGCCUCCUCUGUGCGGCGCCCCCCGCCCCGCCCCCCUGCCCGUCUUUGUAAAUUGGCCCUUAAGGGUUGGGGGUGGGAGUGUGGUUCAUUUUCUUAGUCUGGUGCCAAGGCCUUUUCUGAAUAAACUGAUUUG